AUGUGGAAUUAUCCUUAUGAUAACGGAUACGAUAUUUACACGAAUUGUGGAUAUAAUCUGAUAGGAGCACAACCAGAUCAGAAUUCAUUGUGCUAUGUGAAUGAAGCUAACGAAAAUGGCUUAGAAAAUACACUAAACCCGCUCAUUAUACAAAAUAUGUCUAAAAAUCAUUGUAAUCACAUCGGUAAUGUAUUGUUAAUGGAUAAGACGAACAAGAGUGUUCAACGUGAUUUCAAUGAAUGUAGCAACCAAUAUGAUUACCAUGAUACAAGCACAGAGAACUCAACUAAAGAGGACUUUUAUUGUGAACCAGAUUCUAAUAAAAGUUCAAAGAGAGCUGAUAAUUUAAAUGAUUGUGGCGACCCCUCAAAAUUGUCACACAAUUAUAAGCAAGCAGGAUUGUAUGAAGGGUCUCCAAAAAAUGGUUCUGACUAUUUUAAUGAGAAGGAAUCGGCAGAUCAAAAGGAUAACGUAGAAAGUUACGAUAAGUUGAGUCCAAAUACAACAUGUUCAACAAAUGACCUGAGCCCUGAAGAGAACCUACAUCAGGAAGUUUCCAAUAAUACUUACGAUUACGGCACGUACUCAGGGUUAUCAUAUGAUCCCUGGAACGUGCCGAAUAUGGAGAACGCAAGUUUAAAUCAAAUGAAUUCUACGUAUUUUUGGGACCCUAGCGCUAUGAACAAUGUGUACUAUAAUGGUUAUGGAAUGAGUCAAGUCCGUUACGAUGACGUUGGAUUCAACUCUAGCAAUUCAGGCGUUGAGCCAUAUAACAUGACUCAAGACCCUUACACAUUAAAUUUCAUGAAAACCGCUCCAAGUACUAUUGAUUUGUCGAGCACUUUUAAUGUUCCUUACGGGAACAUGUUUAGCCCUAAUGAAGCUUUUGUAAGUCCUUCAAUUAAAUUUCAACAAAAACCAUAUAAUAGUUUUGUUCCCGUUGAUCAAAACAACUUCUUUAUGAAUAAAAAUUUAGAUUCUCAGAAUAACUUUUUUAACAAAUCAAAACAGUUUAAGCAAAACUAUGGUAAGGCUAUGUCAAAUGGUACACAUGUUGGCAACCAUUUGAAUAACAGAAUGGAUUUAGUUACGAAUACGAUUAAGGGAGAAAAUCAAUUCAACCUAAAUUUCAUUGACGAGGACACAUUGGAGCGGUUUAUAUAUAAUGGAAACAUCAAGAAAAUUGAUCUGGCCUGUAUAGACUUUAUAAAUAUGAGCGAUAGAAUUUGGCAGGCUCUUAGAGGAGCUGGCCUGUUUAAACUAGGCAACAAAGGCAGAGCUGUACUUAAAUCAAAGAUAUCGAAGCACCUAAAGAUGUAUCCAGAACUGAGAAUUAGGUACGUCCAGAUACUUAACACCUUUCAUUAG